UGAUUCAGAUUCUCUCAUGUGUGAAAUGAGAUGAGAAUGAGCUGCUGCUGAUUCAAACUUCGCGUUCAAAUCCUUAUAUGAGAGAGAGAAGAGAGUGAGAGGAGGAGAGGGAGGGAGAGAGAGAGAGAGAGAGGGGCUUGAUUCGGUGGAGAUUGUGAUUUUGCGAGGGCUUUCGCUGUUCUUGAUUCCAGGAGCAGGGUGUUUGAUCUAGAGGAGAUAAGGACGCUGCCGUUCUUGGUUCGCGGCGGCGAGCGAUGGGGCGCAGCCUGAGCCCGCUGCUCCGUCAGGAGCUGGACAACCUCGACAAGGACGCCGACAGCCGCCGCAACGCCAUGAAGGCGCUCAAGUCGUACGCCAAGCACCUGGACUCCAAGUCCAUCCCGCAUUUCCUCGCCGAGGUCUCCGACAACAAGGCGGCGCCGGGGCUGCCCUCCGGCGAGUUCACCAUCUCGCUCUACGAGGUCCUCGCCAGGGUCCACGGCCGGAACAUCGUGCCGCAGGUCGGCAACAUCAUGUCCACCAUCAUGUGCACGCUCUCCUCCAGCGGCGGCUCGUUCCCGCUGCACCAGGCGUGCUCCAAGGUGGUGCCGGCCAUCGCCCGCUACGGCAUCGACCCCUCGACGCCCGACGAGGAGAAGGCCGGCAUCAUCGCAUCCCUCUGCAAGCCGCUCUGCGGCGCGCUGAUGGGGAACCAGGACGGCGCAGCGUCUGGCGCGGCGCUGUGCCUGAAGGCGCUUGUUGAAUCGAGCAAUUGGAGGUUCGCGGCCGGCGAGACGGUUAACGAGGUUUGCCUGAAGGUUGCCGGAGCUAUGCAUGACAAGUCGACGCAGUCCAAUGCUCACAUGGCCCUGGCAAUGGCGCUGGUGAAGCACAAUGGCCUGAUUGCGGAGGCUUAUGCGAGGUCUCUUGUGAGGUCUGCUCUGCAGAUUCUUGAUGGUGACACUGCAGAGAGCAGCUCCCAGAAGCGGCUUUCGGCGAUCCAGAUGAUCAAUUUCUUCAUGAAGUUUGUUGAUCCUAGGAGCAUAUCCUCUGAGCUUAGCAAGGUGGUUGAUAUCAUGGAGCAAUGCCAGAAUGACCGAAUGCCAUUUGUAAGAGGCGCUGCGUUUGAGGCAUCGCAGACGGCGAAGAGCAUUGCUGCGCAGAAGGGAUCGAGGCAUGAGGUGAGCACGAGCCCGAUGGUCGGCUCCAACUUCCAGAGGAGAAGAGAGAAGAGCCCAUGCAGGAGCCUGUGGAAUGCCAAAGGCAUGGCAGCCUCUCCAGUUCAGUUCCAAUCACCUGAAUCACAUGUUGUGGAUUCAUCCAUCAUGUGUGAAAGCACAAUCACUGAAUCGCCGGUCUCGAUUGGGCAGUCCUCUUGCAAUUUCGAUCAGAACCGGCGCACCAACAGGAGAUUGUGGAGCAAUGAUGGUGUUGAUGUUUCUCUGAAGGAUGGCCUGUUCUUCAGACUUUGCUCGGAUGGGAAGUACCUUGAGGAUGAUUUGGAUGAAGUCUGUGACAGUGAAGUAACUGAUACCAAUUUUGAGUGCACAAACUCAUUCAGUGGAUUUGUGUCAGCUAGCCCCAAUGGUGCUACAUCAAGAGACAAGACACCAAGCCCUCAGGCUUCUGAAAGGCCAAUAAGCAUUGAUGACGUGAAGAUAUACACAACGCCAAGGAAGCUUCUCAGAUCACUCCAGAGCUCAUAUGACUUUGACUCUGCUCGCAAUGAGGAACGAUCCAUUGCCAAGCUGAACAGCUCAUCAUCACCAAGUGAGGAAAGUAAUGAACUAGAGGAAUCAUCUGAAGAGAUGCAGUCUCAGCUUUCUGACAGCAAGAUUGAGGAGGCAAAAUAUGAUAACGAGACCAUAGACGCACAGAGUGCUGAUGAUACGACUCAAAUUCUCUCCAACGAAGAUAAAUCAGUACUCUGCACUCCAGAAGUUGAGGACGCAUCCUGCAAGGCAUCCUCUGAAGGUGAGUGCAAAGAGCAAGAUAUCUGUGUCACAAGAAGCAUGGGAAAGUCCAGGAAGUACAAGGCAGUAUUCAGUUUUCUUUUGAGCAUAGUCAUGAUCGUUCUAGCAAUAAUCGCCGUUUUAAUUCGGAUAGAAAGUUAUGAUGAUUAUGUCGGCCUUGUGCCUACUUGAUGUCUGGAUGGCUACAAUCAGUGUCUCAAUGUUUAGUUUGUUGUAUUGGUUCUACCACAUUUCAGUGGUAGCUUGGCUUCAUUAUUUUGCAGUCAUUAUCUUGUAUGACAGCAAAAAAAACUUGGUUAUGUUUACCAUUUUUAUCUUGUGCUGUGCUUAUAUAUAGUAAUCAACUGUUGCAUCGCUGUGCUGAUAUGUGUAACCAUUUGUUGUGUAUUCACUUGACUGCUAUUUUGUUUCUGCAA